AUAUCUUGAACUUGAAGUCUUAAUAGAAUAUAACAGAGAAUUUUGUGAAUGAAUUCAACAUUAUUGCUGUUGAAUGCUGAUUAUUCAGAUAAUCUGCAUCUUUCUUUUCUGGAUUUUUUUGGAUAGGUGUAAAUGAACACUUCAAAGAUAGAUUGUCAAGAAAGAGUUCAGCAAAAUAAUGGACUGAAUGGUGACUUUGCUCUUCAUUUUUCACAAUGUUUUGGUAAUCAACAGAGUUGGAACAUGGGAAUUCGUACGCAGCAACCUGUUAUGGAGGCUGGACUUCAACAGCAAAAUCAUAGGCCUAAUGAUAAAUCAUCAACCACCAUUAUGAGGAGCUUUGAAUCUCCAGCAUCAGCUUUUUAUGCAACAGAAAGAUAUAUGGGGUUUCCACAGUAUGAUUGUCAAGUUGGUGUUCCUCCUUUGAGCUUCCCAUACUCCAAGCCCUUUGAUUCACAGCAAUCUUCAAGAGAAAACUAUGCUAUUGAUCCUGGAGAACAAGCUGAAAGCAACUUGGAUUUGAGAAGAAACUUGCAGCCAAUUGUGAAACCCCAUUUCUCUGUUGAUCAUUAUCACAAGUCUUAUAAAGGUCCCUGCAGCAAUUCUUUUGGAAACAAGCUACAUCUGUUUGAAAGAAACAAACUGUCGAACAAUGGAGCUGCAUCCAUGGGACAUCACUUUUCAAUUCCUUUCCAGGCAGAUCAAGAUCAUAGAGUUGGUGGUAAUCCAUGUGCUUCUCCAUUUUCACAACUGGGAUUUUCUUCUCGACAAGAGAUACCGUCUCCAAGGUUUUCUUCUCCAGGUGCUUGUAUAUCUUCUGGAAAUCCAGAGGCAGCUGGGGCUGUGCUCUCUAGUAAGACUAGAAUACGAUGGACUCAAGAUCUUCAUGAGAAAUUUGUCAUGUGUGUAAAUCGCCUUGGUGGAGCAGAGAAAGCAACACCGAAGGCGAUACUGAAGUUGAUGGACACAGAUGGAUUGACCAUCUUUCAUGUGAAAAGUCAUCUGCAGAAAUAUAGAAUUGCAAAAUAUAUGCCAGACUCUUCAGAAGGAAAGUCUGAGAAAAGAACUACCAUAAACGAUGUGCCACAAAUCGAUACAAAAACUGGCUUGCAAAUCUCAGAGGCACUGCAACUGCAAUUAGAUGUUCAGAGGCGUCUGCACGAACAGCUGGAGAUUCAAAAGAACCUGCAAUUACGCAUCGAAGAACAAGGCAGAAAACUUCAGAGGAUGUUUGAUCAACAACAGAGAACAAGUAAUAGCCUUCUCAGGAAUCAGAACUUGGAUAGGAAAUCCUCCCCAGAUGAUCCAGCAUUUAGUUUUGAAGAUAUUGAGGUUUCCAUCAUAGAAGGUUCUAGUGACACCCAAUUCCCAUCCAAGAUAAGUUAGUCCUGCCAAGGACAUAGUAUUGCAGAUCACUUUAUUUAACUAGCUAGAUAUGUUCCACCAGAAGUGGCUCCUGCCUCUCAGUACAACAGAAUCAGGAAAAAGUCUCUGCUGCAUGCAUAUGUAAAAAAAAAAAAAAAAAAAAGAAAAAGAAAAUCAUUUGUAUUUACUUGAAUUUUCAAAUCAAUAAUGUUGAGUGUACCUAUAAAGGAAAAAUGGAUGCUAUAAGACAUACAUGAUUGCCUUUAGAACUAGGAAGAAUGAUUCUCUUCAGAAAAAAAAAAAUUGAAGAGUUGGCAUUUUGGAGUUUUGUUUUGUACUUUCAAGCUCAUUAUACAUUACAAGUGUCGUGGAUUUGUAUGAGAUGUCCAUAGGAAUUGAAGCAAAAAUUUCAUGAACAAAUGCUGC